AUGCCAAACGUAACUGUCGAUGGAAAAGUAGUCAAUAUAUGCCGUUGGGACUUGUCAUUUCAAGAUUGCGUGGACAAGCCUUUCUACAUAACAAAUGUCGAAAUUAGCAUGAUUCUUACGUCCGCCCUUAUUAUAAUCGUGUUUUCUUUUCUCGUGUACCGUCGCCAGGUGUUAAAAACUCCUCUGUGGAGUGGUAAACAGUUUGCACCACUAGAUGGCCUAUUAUUUUGGAUAUUAAUAUGGGCUAUUUUGAGAAUCGCAGCUUCGAUUAUUAAGCUAAAUGAUCUAUGGCCAACUAGUAUUUGGAGAUAUGUAUUUUUCAAUGUUGGCUGGUGGAUUGCUAAUAUUGCCGUUGCUACUUAUACUUGCGGACUAUUUUAUGCAAUUCCUCGAAUGCAAUCCCACAGAUUUUCCAGCAUUUAUACCUCCACACGCACCCUUUAUAUUCCCAAUCCUGCCAUAGUUCCAUACCUUUACUGGUCACUCUUUGCCCUAAACAUAAUAUUCUUCGAGACAUUUGCUAUCCUGGCUAUCAAGGCCAGGUUUUCUAAACGUUCAGAUCUCGAGCUAAUUUUCUGGAGAAUACAUUGGACGGGCAUCAUAGUGGAACAGUUAAUACUGAUGUCUCUGUUGUUAUAUUAUGGAAGAAUGCUUGUGCAUCUUGCGCGUGAAUGUGUAAUCUUGGCAGCGGCUGAAGACGAAAAAAACAAAUACGAGAAUUUUGCCAACAAGAUGAAUUCGGCAAACUUUGGAUUUACCAUUGCAUUUGUUUGGUACAUUCUAUCACUCACGUGCUUUGUCUUAUUCUCAAGAAGAAUGUUUACUGACCCGUUGGUAAACAGAAUAUACGCCGGUGUCAUGGAGAAUUGUUCUAGUCUUUUAGCGAUCGGCAUCACAUUUUCAAUGAUUUAUUGCGAAGUUAAGCAAACGUAUUCCUCACUAAGCCAACAAGAACUAUCUACUGUAUGGACGCUCAAUAACCAAGAAGCCUGA